AUGUCAUGGAAGUUCUAUCUGAUGCCAAGUCAAUCAGACUCCUCUUCCUUCUUCUCUUCCCUUCUUAAAAGUCUUACUUUAUUUCUUCUCCUCCUCUCCCCAUCUUUUAAGCCUUACCCUACCUCUCUUUUAUAUGUUAGCCUAUAUUUCUUCCUUCUGCUUUUCACUUCUUUUAAAUUUGACCCUCAUUCUCUUCUCCUACUCCCUUCUCUUACCCUACUUCCUUCUCCCGCUCUCUUUUUAAGUCUUAAGCUACUUCUCCUCUCCCUACCUCCUACUCCCUUCUUGAAAGUCUUAUCUACUUCUCUUCCUUCUUCUCCUUUCUUUAAAGUUUUACCCUACUUCUCUUCCUUCUCCUCUUCUCUUCUUUUAAGUCAUAUCCUACUUCUCUUCCUUCUCCUCCCUUCUUUAUAUUUUACCCUACUUCUCUUCCUUCACCGCCUUCUUUCUUUUCUCUACUUCUCUUCCUUCUCCUCCUCUCUUCUUUUAAGUCUUACGCUACUUCUCUUUCUUCUUUUCAAUCUUACCCUUCUUCUUUUCCGCCUCCAUAACGUCGUUUUCUUUCUCUCUUUUUCUGUUUUAUUUCCUUUCUUUCCUUUCCCCCUCCCUAUCUUUUCUAUCUUUUCUCUUCUUUAUCCUCUUCUUUUUCUGCCACCCCUCUACCUAACUUUCUUUUCUAUCUCUUCGCCCAUUUCUCUUUUUCAUCAGAUUCUUAACUUUUUUUUUUAUUCCACCUUUUUCCCUCGCUGUCUCUCUUUUCCUCCUUGA